ACUGUUUAGAGUGUGUGGCGCGGUUGCUGAAGUUUGUUUUCCUGGCAAGUGUUUUGCAGGUCGGCUGCUUGUGGGAAAUUGCUCUAUCAACGUUUUCCUGCUCCUCGAAAGAGGAGAAAGCUUCCCUUCCCUUGAGGCGGAGGGUUCCUGUCCCAUUCGCGAGAGGGUUUAAUUUUCGCAUUAUCCAUUUGGACGGCCAGGAGGAUUCGCCUGCGAACUUCCUUUGGAGCUCGCAGGAAACUUAUUUGUUGGGCGCGAGGGAAGAAACGUGGCUCAGGCAGCUCCUGUUGCAUUUGGGGCCUCUGCUUGAUCCUGCAAACCACCGUGAUUUGCUACUUCCCUGCUGGUGUUUGUUUUCCCUGCAUGCGAACACACUGAAGUACAAUGCAGAGGGCAUCACGAUUGAAGCGGGAGCUGCAUCUACUGACUACGGAGCCACCUCCAGGCAUCACCUGCUGGCAGAAUGAAGGUCACACAGACUACCUUCGAGCUCAAAUUUUGGGUUCUGCAGAUACCCCUUAUGAAAAAGGUGUUUUUGACUUGGAAGUAGUUGUUCCUGUAAGGUAUCCAUUUGAACCUCCCAAGAUACGCUUUCUAACUCCCAUCUACCAUCCCAACAUUGACUCUUCGGGAAGAAUUUGCCUUGACAUUCUCAGACUGCCACCCAAAGGUGCAUGGAGGCCGUCACUGAAUAUUGCAACUUUGCUGACCUCCAUACAAAUGCUUAUGAAUGAGCCCAACCCUGAUGACCCUCUCAUGGCUGACAUAUCCUCUGAAUAUAAAUACAACAAGCAAGCAUUCCUGAGAAAUGCCAGACAGUGGACUGAGAAAUAUGCAAGCCAGACAACUGUGACUUCAAAAAACCCAGAUGAAGAGAACCAUCAAAGUGAGGCGAGCCAACUGAAAGAUUCCAACGUUUCCCAGAAAAGGAAAGGAAGUCAUAUUAGUGGAUUCUCCAAAAAGCCUCGCUCAGAAACAUAGAAGCUUUGCUGCUGUGCAGUAUCCCCGUCUCUGUCAAUGUUUGCUUUUAGUUUUACUUUCCAUCUCUUUAAUGGGCUUGACAUGCUUCAUGUUCUGUUUACACAUUAUGUAAUACUCCUCCAGUGGCUUGAGUGAUCUCAUUGUAACAGCCACAUCUUUGUUUUUAAAAACAUUUUGCUGUUUUACUUGUAGAAUUCUUAAAUGCCUCUUCUUGAAUUUUGUGCAUGUGCUAAAUGAAAACACAUGAGAAUAAACAACAAAUAUUUAAUCUU